GUCACACCGGAACUGAGCUCUCUUGUCUCAGUUGUUGGGGACAUUGAAAAGAGACGUACUGUUGUCGCGUCGUCGCUAGAAGUUAAAGCACAGCACCGUCAAGCCUUCGAUCAGGAAGACUUGGGAGCAGUCAAAACAUGAAUGUGAACCAGGGGACAGUGGGCAGUGACCCAGUGAUUCUAGCCACAGCUGGAUACGACCACACCGUCAGAUUCUGGCAAGCCCACAGUGGUAUUUGCACACGAACCGUCCAGCACCAAGACUCGCAAGUGAACUCACUGGAAGUGACACCUGACAGGAGCAUGAUCGCAGCUGCAGGAUAUCAGCACAUCCGCAUGUACGACCUGAACUCCAACAACCCAAACCCGGUUAUCAACUACGACGGCGUCAGCAAGAACAUCACGUCAGUGGGCUUCCAUGAAGAUGGUCGCUGGAUGUACACAGGAGGUGAAGACUGCAUGGCGAGGAUUUGGGACCUCAGGUCAAGAAGUCUCCAGUGUCAGCGUAUAUUCCAGGUCAACGCCCCAAUCAACUGCGUGUGCCUGCAUCCGAACCAGGCGGAGCUGAUCGUUGGAGAUCAGAGUGGUGUGAUUCACGUUUGGGACCUGAAGACGGACCACAAUGAACAGCUAAUCCCUGAGCCAGAAGUGUCAGUCAACGCCGUUCACAUAGACGCUGAUGCGAGCUACAUGGCAGCAGUAAACAGUUCAGGAAACUGUUACGUCUGGAACCUAGCUGGAGGCCUCGGUGAUGAAGUGACACAGAUGAUUCCUAAAACCAAAAUUCCUGCACACAAACGCUACUCGCUUCGAUGCAAGUUCAGUCCAGAUUCUACCCUGCUGGCCACCUGCUCCGCAGACCAGACGUGUAAGAUCUGGAGGACGUCUAACUUCUCUCUGAUGACUGAGUUGAGCAUCAAGAGCAACAACCCUGGAGAGACUUCCCGGGGCUGGAUGUGGGACUGUGCCUUCUCUGGAGACUCCCAGUACAUCGUCACUGCCUCUUCAGACAACUUGGCUCGUCUGUGGUGUGUGGAGACUGGAGAGAUCAAGAGGGAAUACAGCGGUCACCAGAAGGCUGUGGUGUGUCUGGCCUUCAAUGACAGCGUGUUGGGCUGAAGACCAAAGGCCAGAAAGUUGACUAAAGACUGGAGAGAGAUUAUUUUCCUUCAGAGUGCUUCAGACAUCAGUGGAAGGUUUGGCACAUGCUUAAACUAAAGACACUAAUUUCACUAAAAGUGAAUUAAGAAAAAUGAUAUCGCUGAUACAUGAGAUGUUUAACUUGUUGUUUCCUGACUGUGAAGUUCAAAUACAGUGAUUCCUCAACUGAUCAGGUUCACCUUUCACUUUCUUCUGGAUACAGUGCAGGAGUUUUUUACAUCAGCCUUAAUAUUUCAAAGCAGGGGUGUCCAAACCAGUCUUUAUGUGUGGCCCUUGCUAGAACAGUUUGGACAGGAUGGACGAGAGGAAUAAUACUGAUGUAAAUGAAAAUAAACAUGGUAAAGGUCGCAGAGGUGAAAGAGCAUACCCCCUCCGCAGCACCUCAAGUUAUUUAUUUUUGCAGUGAGCUGGUGCAGUUUCACUGUACAAGCCGUGUGUACUUGCUUGUGUUGGAUUAAGACGAACGUAUACAACUUGCAGAAUCAAUCAGGUCACCUUUUUUUCCGCCUCAUUGGCAGAGUUUGUUUUUCCCCAGACCUGGAGGCAUUGAACAUGUGCGCUGCCAAGAUAGGCAGUGUUUAUCUAAUGCAAGAUUCGAAGAUUCACCUCAAAAAAAUCACAUGCGGAAUACAAGUGAGGGAGAAACCGCAAAAUAAUAAAAGAGUGUGUUCUAUUUAGUAAGCUAAUGAAACAUUCAAAUUCAGUUUUUAUUAUUAUUAAACAUUGCUGAUGUGAAUAUUUCUACAAUUGUGGCUGACAGAAAUCUCAAUCAAAUAUGCGAAGAGUGUUCUGUCUUAUUAUUCUUGAGCAGAAUAUGAACUUGAAUAUGAGCACAUGAUGACAUGCCAUUGUCCAUUACUUUAACAGUCAGUCCUUUUUCUCUCCAAAAAAGUGCAGAUUACUUAGUUUAUUGACAGAGAAGACUCUGCGUGUGACUUCCCACCUCAAAGACCAGAGAAAAGCAAGACAGGCUUGUUUCCUUGAGGUUUGCAGGAUGAGACAAUCCUGCAUCACUCUGGUAGGUAGUAGAAACACACAGACACACAAAUGUUGCUGGGAAAGCAGAUGUCAAUGCAGAAGUAGACCAGUCUUUGCUUCCCUGGACCUGACAAACACAGAAAAUGUGGUCACUUUUAGACGGUGAAGAGUCAAGCUCAGCAAAACACAGAUGUGGGGAACAUGUCACGGAAAGAUCUGUCAGUCAGCAUUUCCAGCUUAAAUUGCUGUUUCAGAUGAAUAUUCUUUUUCAGCAUAUUGAUUCAUUCUGAGAUGUUUCAUUACAAAAACGCAUGUAUGAGAAUGAGGUAUCGUUGAGAUGUGAAGGGGUCGAGUGGAAUAUAUUUCUCAAAAGAUUGAUGUCUGUUACAGUGUAAAGGUCAGUAUGGUGAGGGUCUGGUUUCUGCGCUACACUUGGCGCCACUGACCUUCCAGCUGGCCACUUUUCAGAUCUCUGCAUGCAGUGAUCCUCAUGUGAAAACAGUUCGAAACUGCAUUAAAUAUUAGCUUGUAGUCCCCAAAUAAACUUUUUU